UGGCCGGGGUAGGCCAUCACUGUAAAUUUAUUUAACUUGCUUAGUUAAAUAAAGGUAAAAUAAAUAAUUAUAUUGGAGGUCAUGACAAAAGCUAUGCUUGAUUUCUGCUACGACGGUGCAACGUAAAACGACACAUUUCCUCAGCUUGUGAGAAAGCCUGUGAGUGGGUACAAAUGAGGCUUGAGUAGGGAUGUCGCUGUGUCAAUGUGAAAAUCUGCUAAUGUAAAUGCACUACAAAGACAUGAAUAGGGAGCUCAUGUUUCAGGAGUUUUAUUAUAAUUUGACUUGGAACAGGUUAAUUAAUUUACAAUAACUGGCUAUGAUAGGUCAGAAACACUCCGCAUAGUGGACAUCUCAUUGUAAGACAAGGACGGUAUCUUUGAAGUGGCUCUUAAUGGUCUGUUUGAAAGUGGCUUUUAUGAAACCUGUUUGUGUUUUGUUAUUUGUUCAUCAUAACCUGAGCAGAUUUAAUUGAAUAAGCUAGUGUGAAUACUUUUGGUGAUAUUCUUUACAUUUAUAUUUCAUGCUUAUUUAGAGAUUUAAUUUAUCUCUAAAUAACCAAAUAGAUCGAAAAGACUGUUAGGCUGUUUACACAGGCUUUUUUAGAUUUUGUUAGAGAAUGAAACUGUCGUAGUAUUUGUUGUAUGUUGACUUUCAAUAGUUGAAGACUGCUUGGUUUUUAGCUUUUGUAUUUGUGAAACUGUGCUCCCUUGACAUAAUGGAAGUCUGUUAGAUACUGCUAUUUGAUACACGUAGUACGUGUAUAAUACUUGGCUGGAGUUCAGUAAUUUGAAAUGUAGAAAUCCCCCCCAAAACAUUGCUAAUGAACAGCAAAAUGCACUUUUAAAUUGACAGUAAGCAACAUUAUUUAAAAAAUCUGUACAAUUACUGCAUUACCUAAUGAAAAUAUUGGCUGCACUCCAUAUGAUGUAUUUGUCAGACUGAUAGUUUUGUAUGGUACUAAUGAAAAAAUUAACAAUUUUAUUAAAGCUUAAAGUUGUCAAAAUGCCUGACAUUUUUCCUCCAAUUAUUUUGACAAAAGCAAUCCCUUGCUCAGAAGGCAAUUGAGUGUAAAUGUUGGGAGAAUUGUGACAUCUACUGUCACAACAUGGUCAUACAAUCUAUGAUUUUCCUCACUGUAGCCUUGGCAAUUGUCUAUGUAGUUAGACACGUGAUGGACUGUUUUAUGUACUGCUAUUUCUUUAAUGUUGUGACUACAUACAUUAUUCAUGAUCUAUUCAUGUUAAUUCAGUCAAUCAAGAAGGAUUCUACUCUGGCCUAAGUUUGAAGUUUGUUCUUAUUCCUGUUUUGCCUAUCAAUUUGUCCCUGUAUAAGAAGUGUCUGAAACGAUGAUAUGCUGUUGUGGGAUGUCCAAUGAGAGCAUUUGGUCACAAGAAUCCAUCUCCUCAUCACAGCUAAGGAUGAUUGUUGUAAUCAUUGGUGGAAGGAGCUCCAACCCACUCACUUUUCAAAUUGGUCACAGUGUUGUCUGAGGGAAAUGUUAAGGAAGGCUCUGGCUUCAGUACCUGUAAGCAACAUGAAGUUUGCAUCGGUGUUAGUCCUUCUUUUUUUCUGCUCUACUUUCAAGAAAUCCCAAGGAAAGUCAAAGCCGAAACCAGGCUGUGAAUACCCCCCGUCUCAGUGGUGUAGGAGUUUGGAAAUUGCAAUAGAAUGUGGGGUUCAGAAGCAGUGUCUGGAGCUCAAUGCCACCAGGCCCAAUUCAGCAGUACCCAGAGUUGAGGUGACCCUGUACUAUGAGAGCCUGUGUCCAGGCUGCAGGGUCUUCCUCACCCAGCAGCUCUUCCCUACCUGGGCCAUGCUCCAUGAUAUCAUGGAGGUAAAACUGGUGCCCUACGGCAAUGCGCAGGAGCUUCCCUCAGGGAAUUCUCCCUUCACCUGUGAACAUGGGGAACCAGAGUGUCAUAGUAACAUGAUUGAGGCAUGUAUUCUACAUUCAGUGGGUCUGUACUCGGCCUUCCCUGUCAUUGACUGCAUGGAAUCUGCAGCAAAUGUUCUCGCCGCCGCCCAACCUUGCUUACAGCUACACGUCCCUUCCAUGACGUGGGACAGUGUCACAACCUGUGUUAAGGGAGAGCUCGGCUUCAAACUGAUGCAUGAGAACGCCCUGAAGACCAAUGCUCUCAGUCCAGCCAAAACACACGUCCCCUGGGUGACCAUUAAUAAGGAAUACACAGGUGACUUUCAGGACAAAGCAAUGUCAUCACUUUUUAACUUGGUCUGCAAGAUGUACAAGGGAGGAAAGCCCCCUGCCUGCACUGGCGCGCAGAAGAAACUAGACAGGAGUCUGUGCUGAAACCAACAGUCAUUCUGCAUGCCAUUCAUGUUGUUUUCAAAAUAUAUUUUGUUACAGUAUAAGUACCAGUUUCCCUCAUUCUUUUGAAAGACAAUGCAAGUCCAACAUAAAUCAUAAGUUGCUAAUUUCUUUACUCUUGUUGCUGAAAUGUAUUUCAUGAAUUGUAAUACUUGUUUUAUUCUGUAUGAUACUGUGUCAAAUAACUCCAUAUGUGUUGAUAAUUUAACCCAAUGCUAACAAGUUACGGUUCCAUUUUGUAUAAACAGAUUUCUCUUUCAAGCCUAAGAGUGCAUAUAACUGUGGGGUCUGAAAUUAAACAUCCUUGAUAAAGAUGAGCAGUAAUGACUAAAAUAAUGAGCAAUACUGUAUGCUCAAAGAAAUUAUUUUAUACUAAUACAAUUGCUCAGAAAUAGAUUUUGUUUAACAAGUAAUACUUUUCCCUCAAAGGUAGGGGUCAAAAUUGACACCCCAAAAGAUUAUUGUAAAUAAAGUAGUCAGUUUAUUUGGUCCCAUAUUCCUAGCACACAAUUACAAACUUGUUGGAUGCAUUUUCAGUUUGAUUAAUUUUUGCCCAAUGGAAACACUCCUAAAUAUUUGGAUGCUACAAUGAGUAUGGAUCCUCCUGAAUGAGUCAUGAUUGAGAAAGUUAGUGGGUCAAAGAUCAUACACCCAAGACAUUCUCACCAUUACCAAUAACACAGGAUGUUGGCAUGUCUUGGGGGUAUGAUCUUUGACCCUCUAACUUUCUGUCAUUAUUCAAAGAUUAGGCUGGGAUUGAUGCCGCGUUCACGUGCUAGUCGGAACUAAACUCAGAAAUGUGACUUGCUUAUUGGUUGUAGUUAUAUACGUGCAGAGUUCAACCAGUUAGCAAGUCGGAAAUUAGAGUUUCCUAGUUCCGACAAGCACGAAUGCGGCAUCAAUCCAACGCAGUUUAAUUACUUCCGAACAGCGAUAGAUUUAAUCAGAUUCACAAAUACAGGUUUCCAUAAUUUAUUGGCAUUUUCACUGAACUCCAGAGACGUUUAAAAAAUGUACUUUUCAAUUAUUGUUAAAUUAAGCAAAUUUUUAAGAAAUAUUUUGUCUCCAGAAAAAUUAUCUUACCGUACUUACAUUUUGACAGACAAAUAUACUAAUGUCCAACAUUGCGGAUAAAAAGGACACAGAACAAUAACCGUAAUGGUAUACCAUGUCAGUUUCAGCAAAGCAAUAAAGGGAGCAAGAGUCACCAUUCGAACUUCUCAGACAACACAUUCAACACUGAAUGACACUGAUUUAUGUACGUUUUACCCACAAUAAAGCUCAGCUCCUCUCCAGUCACAAUUUAAGGCUCUUAUUUUAGCUGUUUGCUUAUUCAUGACCAAACAUGAGUAAAUAGAAUAUGGUCAAGAUAUUUAUGAAUACUUGUGUACUUUUCCCCCUGCCU